AUGUCUGCCGCUGCCCGCACCUCCUCGGCCGUCGCCUCCAACCUCCGCCACUGGCGUGAGCCCGCGGCCCUGCCCAUCUUCGCCCUCCUGGGCGUGGUCACUGCCGGCGCCUUCUACACCAUGGGGAAAAAGCUCCGCGGGUCGGAUAUCCUCCUCUCCACCGAGGCGAAGAUCGACUACCACCGCUUCCCCAACCUCUCAUGA